CGCGGCCUCUCGGGUCCACGCCGUCCCCGCCCCGCGCGCCCGGAGUCAACAUGGCCGCCGCGGAAGGGGGCGGGGCAACACCGAGUCCGGGCAGGAGGGGGGCGGGGUCGCCUCGGCGGAGCCAGUGCGCAAGCGCGGGAUGCUCGGGGCCCCGGAUGGAGGAGCCGAGGUUCGGGCCCCGCCUGGGAGGUCGAGACGGGCCGGCGUUGUGGACCAGGCGCCAGCUCUGGAGCCUUGGAGUUCUCGGGGGAGGGAAGCCGUCAAACGGAGGCCGAGGGAAAUGAGGCGGAGGCCGCCGAGAAGCGGGGAGCCCCGCCCCUCCGCCAUAGCGGCUUCCCGGUGCCGCCUCUUCCUUUACAGCCUCCCGCCCUAGCCUGCCUUCCGGCCUUAGGCCGGGCCCCGCCGGCCCCCUCGGGACUAGUCCCUGAGCCGUGGCUCCUUUUGGGAGAAGAGGUGCCCACUGUCCAUUUAGGACUAUGUCCGAGAGUAAGGGUUAGAAUGGGCUUCCGACCCGGCUGGGCUGGCAGAAGGCGGCCCCUGGCUCGCGACAGCCAGCGAGGCCUCUGGCCCCAAGGACCCUGAGUCACGGAAACUUCCUCACUCCACAGAGGAUGCUCCAAGGGAGCAUCCAAGGGUCCAGGGCUCCGAUUCAGGCUCCCUCAGAGUCUCAGGGCCCUCCCUUGCCCUGAGCAUACCCAGUAGGAGCAUGCGCUGUCUUCGGACAAGUAUUGGGCUAGGACUUGGGAGACCUGGGUUGUUGCCCUGGCUGUGAAAGAGCGCAUCCCCUUUGGCCCGGGUGAAGGCUGGUGGGAAGACCAUGAAGUUCCAGAAGGAAAAAAAUGACAUUCUCUUUAAAUAUAGCCUAAGCUAAGAGUAGGUUACAAGUCUCCGGUGGUCGCUGGGGCUAGAGCUUGACUCUGGAGAGAGGAAAGGAAGAAUGGAAGCCUGGUGAAGAGGCAGAGAAACCCGAGGGAGCUCAGUCCUGGCAGCAACACCCCUGAAUUCCCGGUGGUGAGAGGAUGUGGCCCAUGGAUCCAUCCAGGAAAGAGGUGCUGAGGUUUGCAGUCAGCUGCCGUGUCCUGACUCUGGUGCUGCAGGCUCUCUUCAAUGUCGUCAUCCCAGAUCACCGUGCAGAAGCCUUCUCUCCUCCUCGCCUCACCCCCUCGGGCUCUGUGGACCAACUUGUGGAAGGUCUUCUGGGUGGCCUGUCUCACUGGGAUGCGGAACACUUCCUGUUCAUUGCCGAGCACGGCUAUCUGUAUGAGCACAACUUUGCCUUCUUCCCUGGCUUCCCCCUGGCUCUCCUGGUGGGAGCUGAACUCCUGAGACCCCUGCGGGCCUUACUGAACCUACGGAGUUGCCUGUUAAUCUCAGUAGCAUUGCUCAAUUCUUUGUUCUCCGUCCUGGCUGCAGUCGCACUUCACGACCUGGGCUGUCUGGUUUUGCACUGUCCCCGCCAGGCCUUUUACGGAGCCCUGCUCUUCUGCCUCAGCCCAGCCAAUGUCUUCCUGGCAGCUGGUUACUCAGAAGCUUUGUUUGCCCUCCUGACAUUCAGCGCCAUGGGGCAGCUGGAAAGGGGCCGAAGCUGGACUAGUGGACUCCUCUUUGCCCUUGCCACUGGUGUACGUUCCAAUGGGCUGGUCAACAUUGGCUUCCUCGUGUAUUCUCAGUGCCAAAGCUUUCUGUCUUCUCUCAUGGUGCUGAAUCCUCUGAGACAGCUCUUGAAGCUGAUGGGCUCUGUGUUCCUCUCUGUGCUCAUACUUGGCCUUCCCUUUGCCCUCUUUCAGUAUUAUGCCUAUACUCAGUUCUGUCUGUCAGGCUCAGCCCACCCCAUCCCUAAGCCCUUGCUGCAGUUAGCUGUUGACAAGGGCUACCGGAUCGUGGAGGGAAAUGAGCCACCUUGGUGCUCCUGGGAACUUCCCCUAAUAUAUAGCUAUAUCCAGGAUAUCUACUGGAAUGUUGGCUUUUUGAGAUACUAUGAGCUCAAGCAGGUGCCCAAUUUCCUACUGGCGGCACCAGUGGCCCUCCUGGUUGCCUGGGCCACGUGGACAUAUGUGACCACCCACCCUUGGUUCUGCCUUACCCUUGGAAUGCAAAGGAGCAAGAAGAGUAAGACCCUAGAAAAAUCUGACUCUGGAUUCCUCGGUCCUCGGGUGUUUGUGUACCUGGUCCACGCUGCAGCACUGUUGCUGUUUGGCAGUCUGUGCAUGCAUGUUCAGGUUCUCACCAGAUUUCUAGGUUCCUCCACUCCUAUUGUGUACUGGUUUCCAGCUUACUUGCUUCAGGAUCAAGAGCCACUGUUGAGAUCCCUAGAGACUGUGCCUUGGAAGCCGCUUGCAGGGGCCUGCCCACCAGGACAAAAGGUCCCCAGGAAUUCUAUCAUGGGACUUUUGUACAACUGGAAAACCUGUUCUCUAGUCACACGAUGCAUUCUGGGCUACUUCCUGUCUUACUGGCUCCUGGGACUACUCCUACAUUGCAACUUCCUGCCUUGGACGUGACCUGGAGUCUCAGGGGUCUGGAAGUACAGAUACACACUGGGACUGGCUGCACUGCCCUGGGACCGUUGCUCCGUCCAUUAGAACCCCUCCGUCUCUCUCUCUGAAGGUUGGUCAGGACUGGGAGAAGUGUGAGCCACUGGAGAACCCCUGCUGGUCCUGGCUGUGGCAAAUUUUAGAUUAGUAGCAGCUAUUUUCUCUGUGAGUAAAGAAAUCAUACUCUAGGUCUAAAGUUACACUUGGAUCUGUCCCCUCAACCAAGCAUAGCAAAGAUAGUUGCAAACUUACCACUGACCCACAUGUAAAUUUAAAUGUAAAUUGUUUAAAUGUCUAUUUCAUCAAAAGCUCUAGCUGACAGGCUGGUAAUAGUCCACACAUGAUGGCAGAGGCCUGAACAGUGUAGUGGCAGUAAGAAGUAAAGUAGGACCACCUUUUUAAUGGGACAUUGUUUCUGACUACUUUUUUCAUGAUUCGUUCAUUUAUUUAUACGAAAAAACUUGCAAAGAUAGGCAAAUUAAACAAGUGUUGGUUAUGCAGGCAAUGAAUUACCUUUUUUAAAAUACUACAAAUUUCUUAGGGAAAAAGUCAUGGUAAAAAGAACAUUGCACAAAGAAGCAGGAGACCUGGAUUGUAGUCCUCUCAGUAAAACCCCACUUACCAGCUGUGUGACCUUGGGAGGGUUUUCACAGCCUUAGUCACCUCUUCUGAAACUGGGGGAAAUAAUAUUAUCCUAUUGGGAGAGGAGAGGGGAUGGGCCAUAUAAUCUAGUAGGUCCCUUUCUGCUCUAGGAUCUUAAGAGCUGCCUUAAGCCAUGGAAUCACCCCAGUCUAAACACUUCGUGUAGCGGCUCACACAUGUGAGUUUAGGAGAAAAUAUCCAAUUCUCCUGCCUUCAGUACUUAGAAGGAACUCUCCCUUCUUGGGUGCAACUCUGACGAGUAACUCAAGUGACCUUUCCUUUGAAUGAGGGAAAGCAGCGACACCUGGCAAAUACGGCUCCCUGACCUGUGUAAGUAAAUCUGUGCCGGGCAAAUAAAUGGUCAAAGUGGUGACUGGUUUCCCUGCCCUGCCCAAGUGUCUGUGCUUGCUUGAUUGGUAGACAUGGGUCAGAGGAGCCAACCAGGCAGCAUGAAUUGAAAAAUUGUAAGUACAAGGUUGAACGAAAUGGUAUCUUUCUGGCUCCCAUUUGGUUAUGAGCCCAUCACUGUACUGGUGGUAAGAGCAUUGACCCCUCCUCAGCUAUUUUUGCUCAUUCUUUGAGCCAGGUAAGAGGCUCUGUAUCGUCACCACUCGAUCCCUGUUUGAGCUAAAAAUUCCAACAAGCAGAAAUUUCAAAAUAGAUGGGUAAUCAUAGCUUCUGGAGAGCACUGAGAAUUGGAAUUUUGACAUGCUCCCUCUGACCAUGACAGAAAGCUAAACUUGCCAGCUGAAGGGAAGCUCCUGGCUGAGCCCCAACACCCUCUGUUGGAGCUUCUAGUCAGCCUGGCCAAUAAGCAUUUCCCAUCCAUUGCCCCAGCUUUAGCACAGCUGAGAGCAUUUGGUCCAGAGUCAAAUGCUUCUGAAAAUGUACACACAGAUUGGGGCAGCCCUCUGCCUUCUGCCAAGACACCCGAGUGCCCUUCUUGGCAAAAGAGGAUAACCCCUGCCCUAGUGUCCCUCCAGUUGGCAGAAACCAUUCCCUCCUUCCUCACCAACAGCUGCAAAUCCACCCCGUGUGCAGGAAGACUUGAGGUCCUAUUUCAGCUCUGUACCGCAGAGGUAGGAGCACUAGAUGCUUUGUUUUCAUGGAUUCUCCUCUUUACGUCUUUUUGGGGGGUGAACAGGACAUGAUGCUUGCAGACACAAAUUCUUUCAAGGACCAGAAACCCUUUCCAUUUGUAAAUGGAAAUCCCACCUUCUCAACUAAUACCGAGGAAUCAAACUCUUGGUGUUCUGCAAAGGCCUUAAUGGUUACAUUUGAUCAUAGAGGAGAUAACUGAGGACCCCAGCUAGAUGGACACACCUGGUAUGUGACCUGGAGACGGACACAGUUUUCUCUCUGACCUUGGAGGGAUCUAGUUGCUAUUCUCCAAGGAUCUAAGGAAUGGGCUGAUUUUAUGGCCAGCAGCUGUCCUUUUACCAUCCUAUUAACAGUCUUUAAUAGUCUGGGAGAGGGACAUGAAGGGCCCAAGGCAGGAAGCUUCCUGUUUACCUUAAGGUCUAACAAUGCUGCAGCUGGGUUGGGCGUCUACAAUUUCAGAGAAAAGUCAUUUCCUUCUGAGACCCAGCUAAAACAGAAACCAGACGCUCCAUACACCUAAGAAGUAGAUGCUUUUUUGUUCUUUAAUGAAGGUGGGAGGAGAGGGAGUGUUUGACAUGUCUUUACCAGUCCCCUUGAGGAAAAAUCACUUCUUUUCUUGAACAGACCUUCUCACCUUCGUCUAAAAAUGUAGUGUGUGCAAGCUCAAAGGAUUUGAAAUUGAUGGAUUCUUUCAACAAUUGUUUAUUAUGCCUGUUUUAGGGACGAAAGGUGAUUUGCUAUAUGUCCUGCCCUCAAAUAACUGUCUAACAGAGUUGCUAGCAGAUACACAGAAACAUUAAUCAAGGUAGAAACUGGAAAAUUCUGAAGACUGAAGGGCCACGUAAACUUCUUGCUCUGUACCUCUCUACUUGAACUUUUUAUGCCAAGGAAGAGUUAAAGUUUUGCUUGUAUGCUUAGGAAAAGGUAAGUGAGGUACAGAUUAAGUCCUCUGUAAAUUCACACAAAGUGGUGACCCCUUCCAGUUUGUAAUACCUGAACAGACUUGGCGGGGAAAUAACCUUUGAGCUGGACUUGGAAGGACAGAAAGGAUUUGAAAGUUAAGGGCAGAGAAUGAGUAUAGGAAGCAGGCCAUGGAACAGGACUGGAAGAAGCUUAGCUUGAGUGGAACUGAGGUAUUGUCAUUGAGAUCUGCGUACUGACGCAUAAAUGUGAGCCAGAUACUGAAUCUCUGAGCCUCCGUUUACUCACCUGUGAAGUAUGGAAACACUAUCUACCUCACAGAUGUGAAUAAUAUCUGUCUCAUAGGGUUGUUGUGGAAACUGAAUGAAAAGUGUUUAGAACAGUCCAACAAAUGAAUAGCUGCACUUCAGACUUGCUGAGUUUACAAUGACAACACAUUCAACACAUUCAUACGCCAGGAAAUGUGGAACUGGAGACAAGGAGAGAGGUCAGGGAGCCAUCCACACAGACAUGAUCAUUACAGCAGCAGCCAUGAUCUCGGAUGAGACUGUCAGAAAAGUAUAGAGUAGGAGGGCCUAGAAGACCUUGGGCAAGUGAUUCAACUUCUCCAAGCCAGUUUUCUCAUCCUGAAAAUGGGGGUGAUAGCACCAACCCCACAGAGUAGUUACGAGGAUUAAAUGAGACACUAGAUAAAGCACUAGCACGGCACCUGGCAAUAGUAAGAACUUCAUGAGCAGUGGGUAUUUAUCAUCAUCAUCAUCAUCAUCAUCAUCAUCA